GUUCUAAAUAGAUACGAGUUUGUUAAAAGUGCAAACAAGCAAUACAGUUACGGUAAUUAUAUUGUUUAUAUCAAACGUCUCAUUAAAUUCCAUUUUCGCGCUGCUAUUCCGGAAGUACGGCCGGCCAGAGGCUCGCCGAGACUGACCGCGGAUCACUUCGCAAGAGGCCGACAGUGAGUCUCGGCAUACAGACAUCAGCCCACCUAUAUCUACGUCCAUGAUGGAACGUAUGCGGUCAUGUGGGUCAGGGUGGCGCGGUUGUUGUCUGCAUUGGACUUAACGGUCACCUUCUGGUUUGUUUCUUUGCUCUAGGCCAGUCUAGGGGAUGUGCUCGUGAAGUUCUGUAGGCACACCUUGAACUUUUAGUGUGAGUGUAACUUUUUAAAAUUUUUUUAUAAAGUUUGCUAAAUAGUCAGCAUUCGCCUACGGCCAUACCACGUUGGGGCCGGUUGCGACUAUUUUUUUCCCACCGACUUCCUGCACUGACUUUUCUACGCAUGCGCGAACUCGUUGCUACGAUGACAGACCUUGACCUCGUCCCUGCGAAAGCGGAAAGCGCGCGAGCAGAAAUUAACACAAACGUGUACCAUGGCAGUCUCUGUUUGCAACAAUAACUCCUGCCUUUCUCUUGUACUGGGUGAAAGAGUGAUUGAAGAAAGAGUAUUGGUUACACUAAAGGAGAUCCUGCCACAAGCACAUAACUACAUCAUCUGUAGCUGUAAAGGAAAUGAGACAGAGUUUGAUGCAGUGAUAAGGGCAGACAUAACAGAACAAGAACAAGCUGUUAAUUGGAAGGCUACGUUUGAAUCAAAAACAAAGACAACUUGGCGUACUGAAAGGAGCCACCCAGGUGUACAGAAAAAAGUACUGUUUAAGGAAGAGUACCGCUGUCAACAUAAUACGAAAUCACGUUCCUCCAAAGCAGAUAGCCGGAGGAGCAGCAAAAAACACAAGCUGCAUGGCUAAGUUACAAGUCACCGUAAACAAUCCAGUCGUCAGCAGAUGGAAAACCAAAGAUCCACACCGUUUGGAGCACCCUACCAAGAUAUACCUUUUAUUCCACCACAACCACCCAAUUCAUGCUGCCUCAGCACUGAAGCACAGGGAUGUGUCAAAAGAAACACAGACCAAGAUAGACCAGCUGCUUUUGAAUGGGUAUGCUCCUGCUGCUGCUCUUGAGAAAUUUAAGUUUGACUUGCAGCUGGAGGAUCCAGUUAACUAUAUUACCAUCAGCGGUGAUCGUGCUUUGUGUCCAGAUCUCAGCUGGGUGUACAGGCGGAGUUAUGCACUGGGACAGGAGAGAUAUGGAAGAAAUGACUCUACUGAGUCUUUGAAGGUCUUCAUACAGAGUAUAAACUCAAAUUUUCCACAACAGACAAUCACCUGUCAGGAAGAUUCAACCACCAAAGAUGCUACUGUGGAUUUUGCACAGAUGGACAUGACUGAAGAGGGCCAAAUGAUUGUGGACAUUUGUACCCCACUGAUGCGUAGGGUGCAUCACACCUUAAAACACAGUGGGGAAAUAGUGUUCAUAGAUUCUACAGGAAAUGUAGACCGCACUGGUGUUCGUGUGUUUCUUCUGGUAGCUCACAGCUGCUUGGGUGGAUUACCACUUGGUGUAAUAAUCACAUCCAGUGAAUCCACAAGCACCAUUAAAGCAAGCCUAAAGUUGCUCUGUUCUGUAAUUGGCCCCUCUGGGUUUUUUGGCCGAGGUCAGAAGGGACCUCUCAUCUUUAUGACUGAUGACUCUAGGGCAGAGAGAGCAGCUCUUGCGGAAAUUUUCCCUGAGUCAGGGCAGCUUUUGUGUGCAUUCCAUUUACUACAAGCCUUUUGGCGUUAUAUAUGGGAUCAAAAGACCCAAGUACACAGGGAUCAACGGCAACAUAUAUUUCAUCUGGUAAAAGAUAUUAUGUAUGCAGAUAAUAAAGAAAUGAUGGACAGAAUUAUUGAAAAGGUACUAACUGAUGAAGAAAAUAACCCUGAAAUGCGCCAGAUUAUCUGUUAUAUAGGAACUGGCCAAUAUCAUGCAUCCUCCUGGUUUGAUAACCUGAAAAGUGAUAACAGGUCAGCGGACACUAAACUUGGUGUUUGAAAAUGCAAUUCAAAAUGAGGGUUCUGUGUCACCUAAGCCAGAAGCUCAGAAAUCUGAGACCUAUAAUGUUGUAAGCCUCUCUCAAGAGCUGAAAAGACUUUUUGAUGACUGGAACAAUAAACUCAUUGAAGAUCCACAAUCAUAUGCCGAGGGUAUUGAUGCUCUCCUUAAAAAUGCAAAAAAAAUACACCAUCUCAGUUUAACAGUGCUAUGAGUACUCUAGGAAAGUAUUCUGGGUUUGCUUUUAAAGCAAAUUUCAAACUUAAAAAUCAUCUUGUUGGAAGCAAGAGAAUAGGAGUGCAGCCAACGACCCUUCAGUGUAGAAAAAAAGCACUGCCUGGCUGUAAAUAUCCAGGUAUGGGUCGUCCUAGACAAACAUUGCAACUGAAACGCACUUUGCAGAAAGAAAAGGGUGAGGAAGUGUUAUCUGGAGCCUCUCUGCCAAAAAGACGUAAAAAGGCUCCACACAAUCUUACUGAAUGUGUUUCGAAUAACACUUCACUUGGAAAAAACCAUGGACAAAAGUGAAUUGCAUGAUUGACAAAUUACAAUUGAGAUAGUUAUACUGGUGUAUAUUCAAGUAUUCAUGCUUUUACUUUGUGUGUAGUGUUAUGUGUCUACAUGUAAGAAAGAAAAAGAGAAUCUUUAUGAAAUGCUGCAACUUUAAUUUUUAAUGGAAUGCAUAGAGGGCAUGGGCUUUUAAAGCAUUGCAUUGCUGUGAGAAAAUGACAUUUUCUUCUCCCUGUGGUUAAUGGUCUCUAUUUUUCUUGUCAAUAAAAUAUGCCAUUUUCUUCUCUCCAUGGUUAAUGGUUCAUUUUUUGUUAUCAGAAACCUACUUCUAUCAAGAAUAUAAUAUUUACCCAGUUAAUACAAUAUUUAGUUAAACCAUUUUCUCAAAUCUUCUGCCUGGGUGACAUUCCUGGUGCAUUAGAGGGUGUGGUGUAAUCAUUAUAAUGCCAUAUCCCCAAUAUAGUUUCAUUCACACUUGUUGGUACUAACAAUGAUGUAGUGUAUCCAAAAGCAGUAUUCUUUUUAGGUCUUGUCUGUUAAUAUUCUAUGCUACAUAAUUUGACUGUUUAUGUUUUUUUGUCCAUUAUUAUAAUUGGUGAUUAUGUUUAAAAUGUUGUGUAUUGUCCAUUAUUAUAAUUGUGAUGUAAAUUCUGACUUAAAACAACUGUUGAUGUUUCAUAAACAAGAUUGGUCAGAAUUCUAAUUUUCUCUUACUGUGUUAGUGCUAGAGGGACAUGUUGCUUUGAUCUCAUUUCCCCCUCUUUUAAAAUUAAUUAGAGAGAAUUAUACCACCAUCUGCCUCUUGUAACUGUUAUUCUAAACUAGAUAUAACUUGAUAAAGAGAUGUGUUGUAAACUGAAAAAAUAUAGAUCUAUAUCUUACUUUCUGUGUUUAUGUGAUCUAUGAAGGAAAGAUGAUGGGAGGGUGCAGCUGAUUUCCAAGAUAAGUAGUAAUUUUAUAGUUGUCAUAUAUAUAUAUAUGAAAUACCUGAAAAUACAUUUCACAUGCAAAGUUCUUAAGAAGCAAGUUAAUUUUUGUCUGCUUUGAAAAUAAAGACUUAAAUGCACAAUCAGUAUUGUUAUCAUUUUUGUGCUGUUAAGCAUAUGCUAUCAAAUAUCAAUAUUGGAGCCAUCGAAUGGUGUAUAGAUUGCUGUUCCACAUCUGCGACUAGUUUCACAUCUUUGUUCACUUUCGUUGUCUUCGUUCUUUCACAGUGCUGUUGCAAUGUUCAUCAGAACAUAUGUCACAACUUUCUCAUUUAAUUUUACUAUCAGCCUUGAAGGAGAGUGUGGUUAA